AUGGAGGACAGGAUUCAGUUCGAUAUCAACGAGUCGCUGAAGUAUUAUCUGAGUGAUCCCGUCUCCGUUCCCACUCACGAUGCCGACUCGGAAUUACUGGAUUGCGAAAGCGAGAUCGAACAGCUGUCGCCCGCACUGAUCGAUAACGUGCUCAAUCCAAUCGUAGAUGCAGUGGCGGAGAACCCUGAAGCGUUGGCUAGACAGUCGGUUUUUGACUCGCUGCAAUUCCUGUUAAAAUAUACGUCCUUUUUACCUACGAGAUCCCUCAGCAAACUGCUUGACCUCAUUGUCUCUGGACUGUCUGUGGAAGCGGACACAAUACACGGAGAUCUCGAGUCUGACGAGCAGGAUGCGAUCCAACAUCAUAAACAACUGCUGGAGAUGUACGGUUUUUUACUGCAAUGGGCCCUUUCAGCCGUAGAGGUCAAAGCGGCUGAGAAGCCUGCCGAAGCUGCGCCCGCUCGAAGAGGCGUAGGAAAGUCGGGCAGGUCUAAGGCUAACAACAAGGACGGCAACUGGGACUGGACAGCGCAGAUCCAAAUAUCCAUGGAGACGAUGUGCAAGGUAAUGAAACUCAAACUGAGCAGGAUCUUCUUGACUACAUCGGACCGCGACACCUUCAUUAACCUAUUAACCCGGUCCGUGUAUCUGAUUCUUGAGAGCGAACAACGUGUGAAGAGCAUGGCCAUCCGAAUGCAUGCAUUCAAAGUUCUUUGCAUUGCUGUGAAACACCAUGGUCAUGCAUUCGGUGCCCAAACAUCUAUCGUCCAGAGCCUCACUUAUUUCGAACAUUUGUCAGAGCCCAUGGCCGAGUUCUUGCACAUACUGGCGGAGCAAUAUGACUAUCCACAGCUCUCGGACGAGAUACUGAAGGAACUUGGCAACAAGGAAUUCAAUUCGAACGAUACACGCGGACCCAAAUCAGUAUCGGCCUUCAUCGUGAAACUUUCGGACUUGGCGCCACGGUUAAUUAUCAAGCAGAUGACUCUCUUGGCCAAACAAUUGGAUAGCGAAUCUUAUACCCUUAGAUGUGCUGUUGUUGAAGUGUGCGGUAAUCUCAUCGCCGAUCUCAGCAGACAAGAAGAACGCAGCGAAAACUACAAGACCCAGAUCAACGCCUUUUUCGAUGUUUUAGAAGAGCGCUUUCUCGACAUCAAUCCCUACUGCCGAUGCAGAGCCAUUCAGGUUUACAUGAGAAUUUGCGAUUUGGAACAAAAAUUUCCCAAAAGACGCCAAGCAGUUGCUGAGCUAGCCGCAAGGAGUCUGGAGGACAAGAGCAGCAACGUGCGACGCAAUGCGAUCAAGUUGCUUGCCAAACUGGUGUCAACCCAUCCAUUUAGUGUAAUGCACGGUGGACAGCUUUCGUACAAGGAAUGGGCGGCCAGACUCGAGAACGUUGAUGCCGAACUCAAUGCAUUGAGACCUCCUGAGACUCCCAGCUUUGGUGGAGGAGACGCAUCACAUGUGGACAGCGAGUUGUUGGAUGAUGCAACUCAGAUCCCGGAGGACUCUCCAACAGAGGCGCCACGCAUGACGGAUGAAGAGAGGACAGUAGCGAUCCAGAAGGCUGCGGAACAGGCGGCAACCUCCGAGCUGCUCGCACGUCUGCAAUUGACUAGGAAAUACUACAAUGAAGCUAUCCGUUUCAUUGAAGUCCUCCACUCUGCCUCUCCGGUAGUUUCUCAGCUCUUAUCAUCCCGAAAUAAGAGCGAAGUUAUCGAGGCCAUGGACUUCUUUGUGGUCCUCGAUGCGUACAGAGUCGAGACUUCGCGCAGUGGUAUCCGCCGCAUGCUUCGCCUGAUCUGGACUAAAGGCAACAGUGACGAAGGUAAAGGGGUGCAAACUCAUCUAAUUGAUUGCUACAAGGGCCUGUUCUUCGAUGCACCGGAUUCAUUCGGUCCGAAUGACGCUGCAAAUUACAUUGCACGGAACAUCAUCAGUCUGACCUUUGGCUCAACACCUGCCGAGUUAACAUGCCUGGAACAGUUGCUUAGCACCAUGAUGAAGGCCGGUCAUAUUUCCGAUGCGGUCAUUGCCAAACUCUGGCAGGUCUACGGAGUUCAACGCAAAGAGAUCUCUAAAACCCAGCGACGGGGUGCCAUCAUCAUCCUGGGCAUGCUCGCUCUGGCUGACCCUGAGGUUGUGAUCAAGGAAACCGAAGUGAUGCUUCGGAUUGGACUUGGCAGCAAUGGAAGAACCGACCUCUCCCUAGCAAAAUAUACGUGUAUUGCAUUGAAACGAAUGGUACCAGGUCGCCAGGCGAAAUCGAAAGAUGUCGGCAUUCCCAAGCUAGGAAAUGAUCAUCCUGUUCUGAGCAAGCUUGCUGCCAUGGUCGAGAUCGUGUCUGAUAGCAAGGAAUGGUACGGGGUAGCAGAGCAAGCCAUCGGCGCAAUCUAUACGCUCUCGAAGCAUCCAGAUGUCCUUUGUUCUGAUAUCCUUAAGCGGAAGACCAGGUCUGUAUUUCAGCCUCAACCUCGUCGCCAAUCUUCCAAGCCCCCAGUCAAUGACGAGGAGAAGAAGGAGGAGGAGGAGGAGGAGGAGGAGGAGCGACCGGGAACAGCGUCAACAGAAGGCCAAGCUCCGCGACAAAAGACGUCUGCUGCCGCACUCUCUCAACUGCUUUUUGUUGUAGGCCAUAUUGCUAUCAAGCAGAUUGUUCAUCUAGAACUAUGUGAGCUUGACUUCAAGCGUCGCAAGGCAGAACAGGAGAAGAAUAAGACUGCCAACGCCGCAGCUCAAAAAGAUAACGAGGCAGGCGAGGAGGAUGAGCUGGACCUGAUCGGUGGAACAACCGAAGAUGACUUUACCGAGGCCAUGGCUCACAUUCGGGAACGAGAAUUGCUUUUUGGCGAGAACUCGCUCCUAUCGAAUUUUGGGCCGUUGGCUGCAGAGAUAUGUGCCAACAGCAAUGCUUAUCCUGAUGUCAAUCUCCAGGCUGCGGCAACUCUGUGCAUGGCCAAAUUGAUGUGCGUAUCAGCUGAGUAUUGCGAGAAAAAUCUCCCCCUCCUGAUUACCAUUAUGGAGCGCUCAGAGGAUCCAAGCGUUCGCAGUAAUGCAGUGAUUGCUCUGGGUGACAUGGCUGUUUGUUUCAAUCACCUCAUCGACGAGAACACCGAUUUUCUGUAUCGUCGACUGAAUGAUGAUGAUGUCUCUGUUAAACGCACCUGUCUCAUGACACUCACCUUCCUCAUUCUGGCAGGCCAGGUCAAAGUUAAGGGUCAGCUUGGAGAGAUGGCCAAAUGUCUGGAAGAUGAUGAUAAGCGGAUUGCUGAUUUGGCUCGCAUGUUUUUCACGGAGCUGGCGACCAAGGAUAAUGCAGUCUACAAUCAUUUCGUUGACAUGUUCAGUCUAUUGAGUGCAGAGCGAAACCUCGAAGAGAGUGCACUGAGACGCAUUGUCAAGUUCUUGAUUGGGUUCGUUGAAAAGGAAAAACAUGCGAGACAGCUGGCGGAAAAACUCGCUGCCAGAUUACCACGUUGCGAAACCGAACGGCAAUGGAACGACGUGGCCUAUGCUUUGUCCCUCCUCCCACAUAAGAAUGAGGACAUUGCGAAGACCGUCAGCGCGGGCUUCAACAAAGUUGUUUCGGCAAGCGCGUAG